UGUUUCAUUUGUUUUCGAUUCAACUUCUGAACUAAUCAGCUCUGAGCCACAGUCGUCCUCAGCCAAUCAGGUUCGAGCAGGAGCCACAUACUUCCUCUUUCUUGACCUGAUAUUUGAGACGACAGCCUUCGUAACUUAUUUCUCCUCAGGUGUUUAUCAGAAUCUGAUCCUUCAGAGUUCUGGAAAUGCGGUCAAUCAAACGUUAGACUGGUUCCGGAGCAGGAAGAAUCACCGCUGAACACGUAAAACAUGCUUUGGUCAUGCGUCAAUGUGACUCGUUAUGCCCCGCCCACUACAGGUGACAACAUGGUAUCCCAUCCAGAGUUUAAGCGUGCCGGCAAGAAGGCGGGGCUCCAGGUGUGGCGCGUGGAGAAGAUGGAACUGGUUCCCGUCCCCGAGAAUAUGUAUGGACAGUUCUACACCGGAGACGCCUACCUGGUUCUGAACACCACCAGCAACCGCAAAGGAGCCAUGCAGUACGACCUGCACUACUGGCAAGGUUCCGAGUGCUCCCAGGAUGAAAGUGGAGCCGCAGCCAUCCUUGCGGUUCAGAUGGAUGACUUCCUGGAGGGGGCGCCGGUCCAGUACCGAGAAGUCCAAGGCUACGAGUCCACCACCUUCAGCGGGUACUUCAAAACGGGCCUCACAUACAUGAAAGGGGGUGUGGCCUCAGGGUUCAAACACGUGGAGACCAAUGAUGUGGAGGUUAAGAGACUGCUGCAGGUCAAAGGUCGCCGUGUGGUCAGGGCAACAGAAGUUCCAAUGAGGUGGGAGAGUUUCAACCAGGGAGACAGUUUCAUACUGGACCUGGGAGAGAAAAUCAUCCAGUGGUCCGGCAGCCAAAGCAACAGAUUUGAGAAGCUGAAGGCGACCUUGGUGUCCAAGAGUAUCCAUGACAGUGAGAGGUGUGGGCGGGCUGAGAUCGUGGUCGUUGAUGAGGGGGCUGAGCCAGCAGAGAUGUUGGAGAUUCUUGGACCGAAACCAGACCUUCCAGAAAGUCAAAAUGACGACACCCAGACAGAUGUGUCCAACAGGAAGGUGGCUAAGCUCUACAAGGUGUCCAGUGCAAGUGGGGACAUGGAGGUGACACUGGUUGCAGAGCAGAACCCGUUCUCCCAGGAUGCUUUGGAGUCCGGAGAGUGUUUCAUCCUUGACAACGGAGCCAACGGACGAAUCUUUGUCUGGAAAGGUCAAGAAGCGAAUGAUGAGGAGCGUAAAGCCGUUCUUCAAGGUGCAGAGAAGUUCAUCCAGCAGAUGAAGUACCCACCGCACACACAGGUCCAGGUCCUCCCUGAGCACGGGGAAACACCGCUCUUCAAACAGUUCUUUAAAAACUGGAAGAACCCCGAGGACACCGUUGGCAUGGGAACAGCUUACGUCUCCAACAAGGUGGCAAAGAUCAAGAAGGUGCCGUUUGACGUGUCAAAGCUUCACCAGUCUGAAUCCAUGGCAGCGCAGUACGGGAUGGUGGACCGGGGGGACGGAGAGAAACAGAUCUGGCGAAUUGAAGGAUCCGACAAGGUUCUGGUGGACUCUGCGUUCCACGGUCGGUUCUAUGGAGGAGACAGUUACAUCAUCCAGUAUCAGUACCAGCACAACAGACAAGGACACAUCAUCUACAUCUGGCAAGGAGCAGAGUCCAGUCAGGAUGAGGUUGGAGCAUCAGCUCUCCUGGCUGUCCAGAUGGACGAUGGACUGGGAGGAGGUGCUGUUCAGGUGAGGGUGGUCCAGGGCAAAGAGCCAGCCCACCUCAUGAGUCUUUUUGGAGGAAAACCAAUGGUGAUCUACAAGGGUGGGACGUCCAGAGAUGGUGGGCAAUCGAAACCUGCUGCGACACGCCUGUUUCACGUUCGAGCCAACGCGGCUGGAGACACCAGAGCUGUGGAGGUAGAUGCAUGCUCCUCCCAGCUGAACUCCAAUGAUGUUUUCCUCCUGGCGUCUCCCUCCGGAUCCUGGAUGUGGAAAGGGAAGAGCAGCAGCUCGGCUGAAGCUAAGGGGGCUGAAUUCCUGGCCGGGAUCCUCCAGGUGACCCCCACCUUGCUGGAGGAGGGGAAUGAGGAAGAUGCAUUCUGGGAAGCGCUGGGAGGGAAAAAGGACUACUGUCGCUCCCAGAGGCUCAGCAACAAAAUGGACGCUCAUCCUCCUCGCCUCUUCGCUUGCUCCAACAAAACUGGAAACUUCAAGAUGGAGGAGGUUCCAGGAGAGCUGACACAGGACGACCUGGCUCCUGAUGAUGUCAUGAUUCUGGACGCCUGGGAUCAGGUGUUUGUUUGGAUUGGAAACGAGGCGCAGGAAGAGGAGAAGACGGAAGCUGCAGCAUCAG